UGUGGUAUGGAUCCCGAGCUUAAAUCACAGUAAACCCUGUUCUGGAACACAGCUAUUGAUUUAGAAAACACAGCAGUAAUGGAGUAUAUGAGCACGGGAAGUGAUGAUAAAGAAGAAAUUGACUUGUUAAUUGAAAACCUGAAUAUGUCUGAAGUCAUAGAUAUGAUGGAAAAUCUCUACCCAAGCGGAGAACCUGCAGUUUAUGAACACAGCCUUGUCAAGAUGGGCCAGGACUCUAAUCAAAAUGAAGAGCGUGCAGAAUCGCUUCUGCUCAGUGGCCAGGAGGUUUCUUUGCCAUCAUCUGUCAGAUAUGGAACCGUGGAGGACUUGCUUGCUUUUUCGAAUCACGUUUCCAAUGCCACAAAGCAUUAUUGUGGACGCCGGCCACAGGAAUCUGGAAUCCUACUGAAUACAGUCAUCACCCCCCAAAAUGGAAGGUACCAGAUCGAUGCUGAUGUUUUCCUUUUUCCAUGGAAACUGACUUACAGGAAUAUUGGCUCUGAUUUCAUUCCCCGGGGAGCUUUUGGAAAAGUAUACUUAGCACAAGACAGGAGGACAAAAAAAAGAAUGGCAUGUAAACUGAUCCCAGUAGAUCAGUUCAAACCAUCCGAUGUUGAAAUUCAGGCCUGCUUCCAUCAUGAAAAUAUUGCAGAAUUAUAUGGUGCUGUUUUGUGGGGUGAAACUAUCCACCUCUUUAUGGAAGCGGGCGAGGGGGGAUCUGUUAUGGAGAAGUUGGAGAGCUGUGGACCUAUGAGAGAAUUUGAAAUUAUUUGGGUCACGAAGCAUGUCCUGAAGGGGCUUGAUUUUCUUCACUCAAAGAAAGUAAUACACCAUGAUAUUAAACCCAGCAACAUCGUUUUCAUGUCCACGAAGGCUGUGUUGGUAGAUUUUGGGCUGAGUGUUAAGAUGACAGAAGAGAUCUAUUUUCCUAAGGAUCUUCGGGGAACAGAGAUUUACAUGAGCCCAGAAGUGAUUCUCUGCAGAGGUCAUUCAACAAAAGCCGAUAUCUACAGCUUGGGGGCCACCCUCAUCCACAUGCAGACGGGUACCCCUCCCUGGGUGAAACGCUACCCUCGCUCUGCCUACCCAUCCUACCUUUACAUAAUUCAUAAGCAAGCACCCCCUUUGGAAGACAUUGCUCAGGACUCUAGCCCAGGCAUGAGAGAGCUGAUAGAGGCAGCACUGGAAAGGAACCCAAACCAUCGUCCAACUGCGGCAGACCUGCUGAAGCACGAGGCCCUGAACCCUCCCCGAGAAGACCAGCCACGUUGUCAGAGUCUGGACUCGGCCCUUUUUGAGAGGAAAAGAGUAACGAGAAAGGAUUUGGAGCUGCCAGAGAACAUUACAGAUUCCUCUUCAUGCACGGGGAGCACAGAAGAAUCUGAAGCAAUGAAGAGACAACGAUCUCUCUAUAUUGACCUCGGAGCCCUGGCUGGUUAUUUCAACAUUGUCCGGGGGCCUCCCACGUUAGAAUAUGGCUGACAGCCACCAUCAUCUGCUCCAAGUCAGGGUUCAGUCUUUAUCUCCUCCUAGGAGAUUUAGGAAUGACUCUACGUAGUUGGUAGUACCACAGGUCUUCUAGCUGGAGAGUAUGGGCUCUACAUUGCUCAUAUGCAGUUAAUCUUUGAAACUAGACUGGUACAUAUCAAGAAGAGAUGUUCUCAUACCCCUGAUGAUAAAUCCCAAGUAAGAAAGUUGAGAAGAUUAGAAUGACUUUCUGGUGAUCGGUUCUACCUUCUGUGCACUUUGAUAUUUUCAGUUUUGGACAAUUAUAAGAAUAUAUUCAUGUAGAAAUUACUACUUUUGUUUCUAAGUUGGAUAAGAAAUCUUCAUUUAUUGGAGAAUGUUUAUUGUUUUUAAACAGUAUUUCCUUGAGCCAUUGAUGUUAGAUUCUGGCAAAAAUUGAAUUGACUUUUUUGAGGGGUGAUAAGAGCCCAGAGUACUGCUUUAACCACCAAUAAGCUCGGCCAGUGUAUUGGAAUGGCUGAUUGAAUGUAUCCGUAGCUACCUGUCACUGAUGACAAGUCCUGUUAUGUUCCUAUGGAAACAAUUCUUAUUGUACAUGCUAUGCUUAAUACAUUUAAAACACAAUGUUUUGGAUGUUGGCAAAACUGUGUAAACCACAUAAUUCUGUACAUCCAAUGGGAUGAAUGAGUGAACUUCUGGGAAAUACUGAAACCUUUGUAAUGCUGAAAUGCUUUAAGCAUUUGAGUUUUGAGAGAGCAUACUGUGUAUGUUAUAUCAAAUGCUUUAAGGAACAAUCCUGUACUUUUGACAUUGUAAAGUAUUUAAGAAUAUUAUUAAAAUGUGUUUUCGGGUAAUGCAGAUGAAACAAAGUAUUUUGCGCAAUGUGGACUAGUCAAGUCGCUGAAUA